AUGUCAGCUCCUGCUCCAAGACAGAAGCGCGCUACCAAGGCAUGGCUCAUACACGGGUACUGGGUGUCGAAUCAACAACGCACUGAAAUACAGCAUCAUCGCCAGACAAACAACCUUCCCGCUUUGGAGAUAUCGACCUCGUCCGACGAUCCCCUAUGCAAGAUAACCUCGCGCGAGAUCGUCGAGAUGCUGAAAACCAUGCAAGUAAACGCAAAGAAGACGCGAACACCAGUGACGGAGAGGGUACUGCUUGAGACAGACGAUGAGGACGAUGGUCAGGAGACAUGCGUUUCUGGCGGGCAUACAACGCCCUCUCCUCCGGAUCCGCCACCCAAGGCAUCCAGUACCAUCGAACCACGGCCAGUUCCGCAGGAAGUGGUCGAAAAGAUAUCUGCUAUGGCUAAACUGCAACCUCCAUUCUGGUACAAUCCCAGUAAUCCCAGUAAUUCCGUUCCUUUGGCGCCCUUCGAGCACGAACACGUCUGUGUUCACUGCGGUGAAGUCCUGGUCUCCGAGUCCGAUCCCUGUGCUACCCCGAAGCCUCGUACUGCUGCGCUGCCCGCUCCAGCCCCCUCUCUACAGACUCGCGAUGAGAAUCGACAGCCGGCGAUGCUCCAUUCACCGUUGGGGUCUUCUGUCGAUCCACCUCUCGCUUCGACCAAUUCUGCGAGCCAUCCUCAUCUACAGUCGGCAUCGGCAGACAACCCCCCAACUACUGUUGGCUCCGAGGGACCCGCAUCGCCUGUGAAGGGCGCCCAGUGCGCCUCUCUCUCACGACCUUCUUCGCUACAGCCGAACCACUCGAACGAGGUCACAGACAGCGCACAGAACGACUCGUCCUCUGACACGACAUCGUCCCCUUCUUCCCUCUCAGACGAAAAGCAGAAUGCAGUCACCCCUGACGCUAAGUGCGCAUCUAUGAUCGAGCGUGACUAUCAAGAGACUUCGGGCCUUCCGCCGCGUCUUCGACGUAAAUUUGCUCUGGUCUAUCAGGACGUGCUCCAUCGGUCAAGACAGCGCGUUCUCCGCACCUUGUCUCGUUCUGCCGCCAUUACCGUCGUAUCCACUCCAGCCCUGUAUUUCUAG